AUCAUCCAACGGUUUGACGUCAUACGACGAUUGGUCUGCGCAACCGCGCCGUGUAACGUCGUCGACUUAUAUGAUCAGCUGAUCUGUGUCAUGUGUCCAUAGCAACCGUCUCUGUUUUUUGGGCAUUUGUGUAGAAAAUGUCGUGAUGUAAACUGAACCGGACUAUUUGUAAAGUACAUUUAUUUAUUUAUUUCGAAAAGGCGAUCAUCUACAGCUGCGACUAUUUGAAGGCGUAUCAACGAUUUAGACAGAACCGAUGGCAGAGAAGCGCCGGUCCGGUACCGUGAUGUCCGAGUCAAAGUCAGGCAAAUGUGAGACGGAUGAAGAGUUUCUGUCUCAAUCCGGAACGAGUGCGCUGCUCAGAGGAGCUCUCCUGAAGCUGCUCGAGUCCAGAUCCGAGGACCCCGUCGGGUUUCUGGCCGAACAUUUCGGUCAUUUGUCGUCUGAGGUGGAUGAUGGAGGUUCGGAGCAUCAGACUGUGAUCAGAUCGCUGUGGCACCUGAGCCUGGCCCAUCAUUCACAAAGAUCUGCGUUCAACAACAACGUUCGAGUGGCGUAUGAGCUGCUGACGCAGAGCGGCCCUCGUCAGCGCUGUAUCGGAGGGGUCCGUGGGGCCCUGUACACAGAGACGCUCCGGUGCCUGUGCAGCGAGGGAGGGCUCUCGGCCUCCACCGCCUCACCCCUGCUGUGGCGAAUCCGGUGCCACGAUUACGAGGCCGUGCCGUUCGAGCUUUUCCGGCAGGGCGUGCUCACCUGCUCUGUGUAUACGGACUACAUCCGCAAGUCCCGGCGCCUGUACGCGGCGGUGGCGAGCGCUCCGGACAGGCCCGCGGAGAGAGCGCUGUGCCAGGCCGUGCUCACCACCCUCCAGGAUGCGCUAGAGACGGCUGAUGGAGGGGACGUCGGACGUUACCUAGAGGCCAGCGCCAAGAUCUCCCCUGCCAAACUGGCGCAGGCCAUGGCGGAGGCGCGACCACCUACGCAACAACAGGAGGGUCCGACUAUGGACGCGCAGGAGUUUGAAGACGCCGCCGCUACGCUUUUCAUAGCUCGGGUGCGAAUGGUCACCUGAGGGGGGGGCAGCAAACUGACCAUAGUAGGUGUGUUGGACUUCAUGCAGCACUGCGCAGAUCGAUUGGCACGUGACAUCAAAGUAUUCAACAGCUGUACUCUUGUGAUAGUUUGAUGUCAUGAGCCGAUCAAUCUGAGCGGUGCUGCAUGUGGAAUUAUAAUGUAACGGUUAUAAAACUUUAUUUCAUUAAAUCAACAUGAUUUGUGCGUCCUGUCAGAUCGACUGUGAAGGUGAAAUCCCAACAUUCUAUGCUCUUUAGCAGCGUCAUCAAGCUGCAGACAUUGUGGUUUUUUUAGCGACCUCUUGUGGUGAAAAUGACAUUAAAGCGUAACUAAACCCCUGGUCAGAGCUUGACUCCACCCACUGGCAAUAUUUGAAAAAUGCUAGAAAAGUGGGCAUAUCCCAAUGGAGAUAGAGGGGACGAACUAAAGGGCUCCUUAUAGUUGUGCGUAGGCCCUAUGGCGUAGCCACGACGGCGUAGGCUCUGCGUCGGUUUUCAUUUAUACUUUUGCGUAGUCGUCCACGUCGAUGUGCAAACACACGCGCAGGGGUUCUGGUGGACCAAUCACAGCGCUUGCGGUCCGCGUAGAUCUGACACGCUGUUAAAAAUUUUGCGAGGUGCAUGUCAGGCUACACAGAGCUACGCACAGCCUAUGGAUAACCUACGGCAUAGAGCUUACGCACGACUAUAAAUCGGGCUUAAGCUCGUACCAAGUGUGUGGUGAGAUCGUAACAAGGGCAUGGUGAGCUUGAACCUGCUUACGUCACGAGGUAUUUUUUGGACCAAACAUCCAAUAGGAAAAUUCAACUUUAGUAGCCACCGUUCAACCUGAAGAGGGCAGCACCAUAUAUUGUGGUAUAGAUGGAAAUCAGUCAUGUGACCUUUUACGUCAUGCCGCCAUCUUGAGGACCUACUGAGUACCACCAAACCACUGACAAGCAUUGGCUAGCUUGCUACGAUUUACGGAUUUAUUAUCUUUUACUGUCUAUGAUUCUUACGGAUACAGUAAAGGGCUACGAAAGACAACAUGUUGCAUCUCGACUGUCAUGAAAAGAAACGCUACUUUAAAAAAUAUAUCUUGGUUAGGGUGUGAUGCCUACUCGAUCCCUGAUGCGUUCUUCCAGCCGCUGUCCGCUGCAACCGAAUUACCACUAUUUUACAACAUAAAAGCGCGACACAACAUGAAACUUUGCUCAAAGUAUCACCUGGAUCUCUACAAAUGAACGCGAGCAUUGAGAACAUUGUUUGUGUACACGGAGUUUACUAAAAAUAAAGGUUUUGUACAACUGACUUUGGCUGUUAUGUUGUCCGCUCGUCAUCUCUGCCAGACGUAAAUAAUCGAUUUCCGAAUGUGAAUGAAUGAAUCUCAUAUGAGGCUCCUUUUUCAACUAGAAGGUCAAUAUUGUUUUUCACUUGCGACAAAACAACGAAUUAUCCGUGCAUUUUUAUGGAAAUAUGCUAUAGGAGCUAACAAUCUUUACUCUCCUCCCUCCUUACGUCGCAAUUGGAGAUCGAUACAUCUUGACUGGGAAGAAGGCGGUGAGCGGACGCCAAAUCAUCCAAAGUCAGUUGUUCAAAACCUUCUUUUUAGUUAACUCUGUGUUCACAAACAAUGUUCUCAAUGCUCGAGUUCACGUGUAGAGACACAGGCGAUACUUCGAGCAAAAUAUCAUGUUGUGUUGAGCCCUCUUAGUGUUGUUAAAAUAGCGAUUUUGAUGCUCACAGCAUAUUGAAGGCAUAGCUUCUAGUUCUUUUGCGACCACUUCAAGUCCUUAAAAUAGCGGAAGACAAGUGAGUGACGUCAGCUGAUAUCCAUGUAUUGAAACACUUUAUAUCCAAAUUUUAAAAAAGUUACUAAAAUCAAUGAACAGCACUAAUAAAGCCCCAUUCUUACAGAUCAUGAACUAAAAAAAGUUGGUUUAGGGUUUAGUUACGCUUUAAUUAUGGCAUCACAAAAAUGUUAUACUAUAGUUUCCCAACCCUGUUCCUGGAUUAUUUAACCUUUGUUUAUUUAACCUUUAUGUACAACAUCUGUGAGAUGCUGUUGAUAACUGCAGAAAAUGAUUUAGCAUUUAUAGUAAAGUACAAUGGAAGUGUAUAAGGCAUGACAUUGCACUGGUGAUAUAUAUUAUUCAUAAGACUCCACCAUUAACAUGAUUUACAAAGAUUGCUAACUAACCUGUGUGUACUGUUAUAUUUCACAUUUUUCUGUCAUGACCAAACUGGUAAACAUGAUAACUUUCCUGUGGUAAAUGCAAAGACCGUCUAUCUAUCAGACUGAGAUGUUUUCACUCCACUGACAAGACUACUAGAAAAUAAUCCAGCUAGAGUAAACCACUAUAAACUAUUAAACAAAACCAAAAGCUUGAAACAUUUGCUUUUAAACCCUGCACCUGUCUUAUAGAUGUCAGCAGUUUUCACUCAUUUUACUGUAAAUGUUGCAUUUAACAAGCAUUUGAUUUGCUUAAGGUUUUAUUUAAACAACCCAGAUAUGAUUAAUGAAUUAUUUCUUACUGGUGUCCUAACUAACCAAGUGUAGUAGGCUAUAUCUGUGUGAAUUGCAUUACACGAUCCACUGAGUCACCGGUGUGUUUAGUCUCUCACAGGUUUGACUUGGUUAUAUUGUACUGUAUCUGUGUUUUGUUGAGGAGAUCUUUAGAAGCAGAACAGAGAGAAAUGAGAGCAGGUUUAGGCACUAAAAGUCAUCUGUAGUCUCUGUGUUAUUAAAGGUAAUGAGAGUCCAUGUGUAAAUAAUUCAACAGGCUGUGAGUUACAGUCAUUGGCAGACAUGAUGAUACAAAUGUGUCUGAUGAUGUUUCUGUGCUCUGCUUCAUUCAUACAUCAGCAAUUUCUGGAGCUUUUGGGCUGAAAGCAACCAUACAUUUUGAACUGAACACAUUCACAAACAAGGGUGCACAAUAGUGCUUGACAUUCAGAUCGCUUUAAUGCUAUUCAU